GCAGAGAGAGAGAGACGCGUGUAUGUAUAUAUGCAUAUGCAUGGAUAUGUAUGGGAAUAACCAAAAGGAUAACAGUAUCAUGUAAAUAGGCACACGCGUUUAUCAUUACUACGCAGCGAAAGAAUUGUGUUAAUUACAAGAUUUGUAACUAACAACGAGCAGUGUCUUUCAUGCUAUGCUACAUUUGAUAUCUACCAAAAUCAUGUAUCGCUCUAGAAAACUUCAACUUUUAUUAAAAACGAAUCUCCUAACCUCGAGGAUACGUUCGCACAGCGAAACUACGCAGAGUGAAAAGAAAAUCGACAAGAUACUUAUUGCAAAUAGAGGAGAAAUAGCGUGUCGAAUAUCACGGACGGCCAAAAGAUUAGGAAUAAAAACUGUAGCAGUAUACAGCGAUGUUGACAGGAAUGCGAUGCAUGUGAAUCUUGCCGACGAAGCUUAUUGCAUUGGACCGGCACAAUCUAGUCAAAGUUAUUUGAGACAAGAUAAAAUAAUAUCUGUUGCCAAACAAGCAAAAUGCCAAGCGAUACAUCCUGGGUAUGGUUUCCUUUCUGAAAAUGUAGAAUUUGCAGAACUUUGUCAAAAAGAAAGCAUAAUUUUUAUUGGACCUCCAGCGAGUGCAAUAAGAGACAUGGGUAUAAAAAAUAAAUCAAAGGAAAUUAUGGCCAAAGCCGGUGUACCAGUCAUACCAGGCUAUCAUGGAGAUGAUCAGUCCAAUGAAACUUUAUUAUCAGAAGCGAGAAACAUUGGUUUUCCAUUGAUGAUAAAAGCUAUACGCGGCGGAGGUGGUAAAGGUAUGAGGAUUGUUUUAAAUGAAAAUGAAUUUUUUCAUGCUUUGGAAUCCGCAAGAACCGAGUCACAAAAAGCAUUCGGAGAUUCAGCCGUUCUAUUAGAACGAUACGUUGACAAGCCAAGGCACGUGGAAGUGCAAAUAUUUGCGGACAAACACGGCGAUGCAGUUUAUUUAUUUGAGAGAGAUUGUUCUAUACAAAGGAGACAUCAAAAAGUUAUCGAAGAAGCACCCGCUCCUGGUAUAUCGAAAAAAUUACGAUUAGAAUUAGGCGAAACGGCUGUCCGUGCUGCAAAGGCUGUAGGUUACGUCGGAGCUGGUACUGUAGAAUUUAUAAUGGACCGAACUAACUACAAUUUCCAUUUUAUGGAAAUGAAUACGCGUCUCCAGGUAGAACAUCCUGUUACAGAAGCAAUUACUGGAUUAGAUCUUGUGGAAUGGCAAUUGAAAGUGGCUGCCGGUGAAGGGCUUCCUCUUAAACAAGAGGAAAUCCAUCUUCGUGGACAUGCUUUUGAAACUAGGAUUUAUGCGGAAACUCCAAGAAAUGAUUUUUUACCUGGUGCAGGAAAUCUGUCCUAUUUGAGAACACCCGAGACAUCAGAGAAUGUUAGAGUCGAAACUGGCGUUAAGGAAAAUGACGAUGUACUCGUUCAUUAUGAUCCAAUGAUAGCAAAAUUGGUCGUUUGGGGAUCCGAUAGAAAUGAAGCACUUAAAAUUCUUAGAUCAAAACUUUGCGAAUACAAUAUAGCCGGAAUUGAUACAAAUAUUGAAUUUAUUAAAGAUCUAUGCCUACAUCCAGAUUUUCAAAAUGGAAAAGUUCAUACGGGUUUCAUAGCAGAAAAUAGUAAAGAGUUAUUCCCAGAUUUACGGAUUCCUAAUGAAAUAUUAAUUCAGGGUGUCCUUGCAUUAAUCUUAUACGAGGAAAUGAAUGCCUUAAGUAUAUCUUUAAAAACAAAUAAUCCUUUUAGUCCAUUUGCCACAGAAACUGGACUGAGAUUUAAUCACGUUUUAAAUAGAACAUUCAAAUUUGCUAUCGACAAUAAAAGUAUGGAAGUUAGCGUUAAGUAUGUCGAGCCAGAAACAUUUUCUAUGAGAACCAACAAUAUUGGACCAUGGAGGAGAGUGACUGACGCGAGAGUGGCAAUUAAACAUAGCGAAUCCUAAAUUUUUAUCUGAACUGACGAAAAAUGUACAACUGGAAGAGUCUUCCGCAGUAAUCAGUCCAAUGUCGGGUAUAAUAGAUAAAGUAUUUGUUAAACGUGAUGAUAAAAUUAAACAAGGCGAUGCAUUAGUCGUUAUCGUUG